AUGAUUGACAUGCUAAUAGAGAAGGAGUUGGUCACCCCCGAGUUGGAUGGAUCGAUCUUGCCCGGUGUUACCCGUGACAGUAUCUUGAACUUGACUCGCGCCUGGGGCGAGUUCAAGGUCUCUGAGCGCAAGUUCACCAUGACGGACCUUGUCAAGGCCGAUAAGGAGGGCCGUAUCAUCGAGAUGUUCGGUGCCGGAACCGCUUGCAUUGUCUGCCCUAUCAAGAAGAUCCACUACGAAGGCCACGACAUCCACGUCCCCCUUGACCCCUCUGACAAGACCAGCCAGGCUGGAAAGUUGACUAAGCGCAUCAACGACUCGAUCAUGGAUAUCCAGUACGGUGAUGUCGAGGGCCCUAAGGGCUGGUCUGUCGUUGUCUAA